UAGUCUGAAAUUUGUUUUGAGCGGCGACCGAACGUGUCACGGAGAGCUCGUAACGUGGUCGAAACGCGUUUCGUUUGCAAACAACAAAUUGAACAGAGUUUGUGGCCUUUUAGAUUCAAAGACAAAGACCCACCGAAAGUAACAUGUCCAAGCCCGUACCAAUGAGUCCGUCCUUUGCGGACGAGGAUCUGCACAACUUAAGGAAGCCCAAACCCUUCAACCUAGGCCAGUUCUUAUAUAAUUCUGAGGAUGGCACCGUUAUGGGCCGCGAUCGUUCGUCAUGGGCCAAAAUCGGAAUCUUCUAUGUGGCCUUCUAUGGAGUCCUCGCCGCCCUGGUGGCCAUCUGCAUGUGGGCCUUCUUCCAAACACUCGAUCCUCGCAUUCCCAAGUGGACCCUUGACCGUUCCCUGAUUGGCACAAACCCAGGUCUGGGUUUCCGCCCCUUGCCCCCGGUCGAUAACGUGGAAAGCACUUUGAUCUGGUACAAGGGCACUCAGCAUGAAAACUACAAACACUGGACAGAUUCUCUAGACGACUUUCUCGCGGUUUACAAAGUACCUGGAUUAACACCUGGCCGUGGUCAGAACAUCUACAACUGCGACUAUAACGAACCGCCACCGAAGGGUCAGGUGUGCGAUGUGGACAUCAAGUCCUGGUCGCCUUGCACCAGGGAAAACAACUACAGUUAUCACAAGAGUGCGCCGUGCAUUUUCCUCAAGCUCAACAAGAUCUAUGGCUGGAUACCAGAGUAUUACAAUGAAUCCCGGGACUUGCCCGAAUCCAUGCCAGUGAGCUUGAAGACCUACAUUGCCGAGAUCGAGAAGACGCAGCCACAAAAGUUGAAUACCAUUUGGGUAUCGUGCGAGGGCGAGAAUCCAGCUGACCAGGAAAACAUUGGAGCCGUAAAUUACCUGCCAAUCAGGGGCUUCCCCGGUUACUUUUAUCCCUACCAGAACUCCGAGGGCUACUUGAGUCCCUUGGUGGCCGUACACUUCCAGCGUCCCAAACGCGGAAUCAUCAUCAACGUUGAAUGCAAGGCUUGGGCUCGUAACAUCAUACAUGAUCGCAAGGAUCGGAUCGGUUCGGUUCACUACGAGCUCCUAAUCGAUUAAGAUGCAUCACACACUAUUACCUAUAACAUAAUUUAAAACAGAACAAUCUCCGAUGAGCAAGAAUCUUGGUCGCAGUGAGUGUGAGGAAGGCGUUAAUUAUCGUCUGAGACAAUCCUAGCAGAGGCAAGGCACCACAUUUGUUUGUUGUAGUAAAAAUUGUGAAUGGUUCAGAUUUCCGAUUGUAAUUCCAAAUUGUUAAUUGUAUUAUUCAAGUUCUCAAACAUACAAAUUAUACAAAUUAUAAUCAAGACUCGCAACGCCUAAAAUAUACAAAUUUUAAAUUUCAACAAUUUUUGUAUGCACUUUACGAUGAAUAUAGAGGACAUUAGAUUAGAAAACUGAACACUGAACACUAAAGAUGGGAAAUCAAUGAACAGGAUUGAAAUAGCCAAGCCUGAAUCUCAUUUAGAGCUAACGACAACACUAAAACAAUCAAAUGCAACAAAUUUACAGCAAUUAAUCCAAACUGCCAUUUCCAACAAAAUAAAAAACAAACAACAAACGAAUCAUUAGAUAUUAAAAUUUAUAAAGAAAAUUUAAAGAUUUCACUUUUGAGUCUGCUAUACCUGUAACUAACCAAAACAGACCAAUUUUGUCAACCAAAAAAUUAAUAUUUAAAGCUAGCUUCAGCAUAUACCAUAUUUAUUAAUAACUUAGUCAAAAGUGAACCCUCUAUGCAUCACAUUUUGAUCGAUGGCUAAAGAACAACAACAUUUGGAAACUUGUAACUUCGGUUAAUUUGUAAGUUUUUAAUAUAAUAAUUGCGAAGAGAGAAAUUUAAGGAUUUAACUCUAAUUGAAACGGCUAAGAGACAAGAGUUACGUUCAAAUCUUUUUCAAUAAAAAUCAAAUGAAAUUAGUCAGAAAAA